AUGGGUCUUGCUGAUAGUCUAUUGGCGGGCUAUUCGAGCGAGGAAGAGGGCCACGAGUCUGAUGCUGAACUCCAGGAUGCUGAUGAUGGGCAGCUUUCUUUGCAGCAGCUGAUAUCCGUUCCAGAUCUGAGUCUUAUCACAGAUAUCAGGAAGUACUCUCAUAUACUACCAAGAGUGAACGAAUUUGUGGAAAAGUUGCGAUACUACGAGAAACAGGACUCAAAAAGCGAGGACAACCUACUACAGCAUGCCAACGAUCUAUUGGACGAUCUGAAUGAAGAGAUUGGUAAGGUAUAUUCCUUCAUCACUGUCCAUUAUAAACCAGUCUGGCCUGAACUCGAUGAUUUACUCCGAAAUCCGUACAAUUACGCUCGCACAGUGAGGAUUGUGGGAGACAAUCCGUCAAAGCUUAUCGAUGGACCGGAGCUCUUUGAGCAGUAUCUCCGUAAAGACGAGAUUCUCGGGCUCACGGUCUCUGCAUCUGUUCUAAGACAAUCGAGCCAUAGUCAUCAUCUCGAUCAGCACCAUUUGAAACUCAUAUCCGACGCCUGCGACCUUCUUCUCGAACUGGAGGGAUGCAGGACAGAAAUUAGAAACCACGUCUCUCGCAGAGCCAAAAGUAUAGCUCCAAAUGUGACUGCUCUGGUGGGUCCCACAGUGGCUGCCCAAUUUCUUUCCGUGUACGGCUUGGAGGGUCUAUGCAAAGUUCCGUCAUGUAAUAUACCGUCCAUGGGAGUCAACAGAUCAUCGUUCAUGAAAGGUACAGCAGGGGUGAGAAAUAAAGGGUACCUGUAUUACUGUGACCUUGUACAGUCCGUUCCGGAGGAUCUUCGAGCGAAGGCUGUGCGGAUGGUGGCCGGAAAGCUGAUUCUAGCCGCUAGGGUUGACUACUCAAAUGCGCGCAAAUCUGUUUCCGACGACUUGUUUGGAAUGCAGAUGAGACAACAGCUCAGUGAGCAUCUGGACAAACUGGCAAGUCCGCCAGACGCCCGUCCAAUAAAACCACUACCCAAGCCUGUGGACCAAAAGUCUAAGAAGCGGGCUGGGCGGAGGUUCCGCAAACAGAAAGAAAAGAUGGAAAUGUCUGAUCUGGAGAAAGCACAGAACAGGAUGGCAUUCGGCGAGCAGGAAGAAACAAAAUACGACGCUUUUGGGGAGGAGAUUGGAAUGGGUAUGAUUGGAAAGCUUUCCGCGCGUGCCAUAGCCAACAGAAGCCGUCCUCAGCUGUCCAAGGCAGCUGCUUCCAAGCUUGAAAAGUUCUCAGGAAACACAUCGGCAGCUACGAGCAAAGUUGCACAGCUGCUUGACGACGAAAAGAUUGCACGCAAGCGACAAUUGGAGCUGCCAGAAGACGCAGGCCGCGAUAGGGCCAAAGUACCAAGGACGCUGCCAGGAGCCACGUGA